GUUAAUUCUUAUUCGUCUGCCUUGCCAUCUCCGGUUCAGCAACCAUUCCGUAUAAAGCUUUUUUUUGCUCCUCUGCUGAUACUGUACCGUGAACUCAUAAUCCAAAACCCUAGGCCUUCUCCUCAGUGCUAACUCCAUUUUUUAACAUCAAAUUCCCAUUUAUCAGUAUGCCACCAAAAGCAGCUAAAGGUAAAGAAGCUCCUGUAGAACGGCCCAUUCUCGGCCGUUUCUCAUCUCACUUGAAAAUUGGAAUUGUAGGAUUACCAAAUGUGGGGAAGUCUACUCUCUUCAACACACUAACAAAGUUAUCCAUUCCAGCGGAAAACUUUCCUUUUUGUACCAUUGAGCCUAAUGAAGCUCGAGUGCAUGUUCCUGACGAGCGUUUUGAAUGGCUCUGCCAACUCUACAAGCCCAAGAGCGAGGUGGCUGCCUUUUUGGAAAUUCAUGACAUAGCUGGACUUGUUCGAGGUGCUCAUGCAGGACAAGGAUUGGGAAACAGUUUCUUAUCCCACAUUCGUGCAGUUGAUGGCAUUUUCCAUGUUCUACGUGCAUUUGAAGAUCCAGACAUUAUCCAUGUCGAUGACACUGUUGAUCCUGUGAGAGAUUUAGAGAUUAUAAGUGAGGAACUAAGGCUUAAGGACAUUGAGUUCAUGGAGAGGAGGAUAGAAGAUCUUGAAAAGAGCAUGAAGAGGAGCAAUGACAAACAAUUGAAAAUAGAGCAUGAAUUGUCUCUAAGGGUCAUGGCAUCACUCAAGGAAGGUAAAGAUAUCCGUCUGGGGGACUGGAAAGCUGCAGAUGUUGAAUUUUUGAAUACUUUCCAGUUGCUUACUGCGAAACCGGUUGUUUACUUGGUUAACAUGAAUGAGAAAGACUAUGCAAGGAAAAAGAACAAGUUUCUGCCCAAGAUUCAUGCUUGGGUGCAGGAGCAUGGCGGUGAAAUAAUUAUUCCUUUCAGUGCUGCUGUGGAGAGAAACCUUGCUGAUAUGCCACCAGAUGAAGCUUCAAAAUACUGUGAAGAGAACAAGUUACAAAGUUGCCUCCCAAAAAUCAUAAAGACUGGAUUUGCAGCCAUUAAUCUUAUUUAUUUCUUCACAGCAGGGCCAGAUGAGGUUAAAUGCUGGCAAAUCCGCAGGCUAAUGAAGGCUCCUCAAGCUGCCGGAACAAUUCAUACAGAUUUUGAGAGAGGGUUUAUCUGUGCUGAGGUGAUGAAAUUUGCUGAUCUAAAGGAACUUGGUAGUGAGGCUGCUGUAAAGGCUGCAGGGAAGUACAAGCAGGAGGGCAAGACCUAUGUGGUCCAAGAUGGAGAUAUUAUAUUCUUCAAGUUCAAUGUCUCCAGCGGUGGGAAGAAGUGAGGUGCGUUUCUACACGAAACUUAUGAAGCUGCGUCAACUCAGUUGCGAGUUGGAAGAUGAUAUAAUUUUGCCCAUGAUUAUUAGGUCUAAUUGGCAGAGAAAUUUGUAUCUUGUAUGGGAGGAUUCUGCAAACUUCUGCAUUUAUGAUAUGCUUCAUAUAGGUGUCAAUCUGCAUUUAUAGCUUGUCGGACAUGCAAGUCUUUUUCGUCUUUUGAUUUGCAUACUAUAUACUUUCUUUCAGUGCGAUGUUGCCAAAUCCAAUUUAUAAGUGGUUCUGGCAUUUGCGUAUUUGCAUUUGUGAUGUAGUAUUUGAAGAAAUGAUCUGGAGAAAUGGCGACAAAUUUGAAUCUCGUUAGUUUUUUGCCUUGGA